AUGCCUACCGGUAUAGAAACCCCCAAUAUGUCGGCCUCAACGAGAAACGUGUUGGGCAAAGUGAGGCGGAUGGUUCCGCCGCUGCUUGAUACAUUUCAUAAAGGGCAGCUGGGCCGAGUUGCUGUCAUUGGAGGCAGCGAAGACUACACCGGGGCGCCGUACUUUUCGGCCAUGGCGAGUGCACGAUUGGGAUGUGAUAUGUCACACGUUAUAUGCACCCCGGCUGCUGCGGCGGUCAUCAAAACAUAUUCCCCCAAUUUGAUGGUGCACCCACUCAUGCGCCAGUCGUCAGGGAAGAGUGAGACAGACCCCGAUCCUGACCAAGUGGCACGGAGGAUCAACGAGAUGCUGGGCCGCCUGCAUGUCUUAGUCGUUGGCCCCGGGCUGGGCCGCGAUCCCCUCAUGCAAGCGACGGUAGCUCGGGUCAUCAAGGCCGCCAGAGAAGCCGAGAUGCCGGUGGUUCUCGAUGCAGAUGCCCUGCAGCUUGUGCAAAAGGACCCAGGCGUGAUCAGAGGCUACAAGUAUGCGGUUCUGACACCCAACGUUGUCGAGUUCAAGCGACUAUGCGACGCGCUCAAGAUCGACGUCGGCGACCAAAAGAGCGAGACAGGCAAAGUUGAAAAGUUGGCCAAAGAAUUGGGCGGUGUGACGAUUAUUCAGAAGGGCUCCAAGGAUUUUAUUUCCAACGGCAACGUGACUCUGGUGAGCGAUCUCGAAGGAGGGAAGAAACGAAGUGCCGGACAGGGCGACACUUUGACCGGAGCUGUGGCCACGUUUCUGGGAUGGCGCAAGGCAUAUCAUGACGCCUUAUGGAAAGAUCAUGAAAACCCAGCUCUUGGAGAGGACGAGACCAUGAGCCUGGCUGCAUUCGCUGGGAGCGCCAUAACAAGAGAAUGUUCACGGCUAGCAUUCAUUAAAAAGGGACGGAGCCUGCAGGCAAGUGACCUGACAGACGAAGUGCAUUCCGCCUUCUUGGGGUUCUUUGGUGAGGUUGAUGGUGAUACUGCAAGGCUUUGA